CUGUGGCAGUUAUUCAGCGAGGCAGGUCGUGUUCCGGCAGCAGCGCAAACGCCCAGCCUGAGGUACUCAGAGCUGGGCAUCCCGCCUCACAAUGUCUGACGAGGAUGAUUGUAUAGUUUUUUCUAUUGGAGAAGACAGUAAUGAUGAUGAUGAUAAUGAUGAUGUUGGAGCUGUGGUAAUACAAGACUUUGAUACAGAUUUUACUGACGACUCUUCUGAUGAAGAAGUGUUGGUUCUACUAACAGAUUCUGAAGAUGACAGUGAUAGCCCUGAGGAACUGCCUGCAUUUUUACAUGAAAUGGAAGAUUUUGAAGCAUUAAAUAGCCAAAUAGUUUCAUGUCUGGCAAUUUUAAAAGGAGGUAACCCUGACUCAGAGGAAGUGGAGUCUGUGCCGUUGUGCAAAAAAGAGCGACUAUCUGUUCCAGAAGAUGAUCACAUGAACCAUACAGCUGAAGAUUCAUUUAAUGGAUAUCGUCAUAACCAAAUUACUCGACUCCAACGCUAUUGUCAGAAUUUGCAAGAACUUACUGAAAUCAUCAAUAGUCAGAUUAACCACCUUCGUGAACUAGUUUCAGAAAUACGGCGUUCUUUGGAGACACCACAGAUGCCACCCUGUGGAGAUGAUAACCCAUCUUUACCAGCAGAGAGGCAGGAAAAUGAUGCUGAGACCAAUCCAGGAGGAACAUCUCUUCAGUCAGCAGCAUCCCCUGAAUGGCAGCAACUGGAGCGCAGCGAGAGUCCAUCACUUCCCAGGAUUGUCUGUGCCUGCUCAUUACAGGCGAAUCAUGAGUCAGGCAGCCCAGCAACUAGGCGUUUUCUUCUGUCCAUUUUCAGUGAAGAUGAUGAAAAUGCCAACAGUGAUCUCUCAUGUGCCCAGGAUUCUCUAGCACAACCUACAGCACAUCUUCCACAAGCAGAAUCCAGUCUGCACGACAACUUUGAGACAGUGAGAGAUUCAGCUAUAAAUAACAACAUGAAUCCAGACACUGCCUUGCCAUCUCUCUGCAUCCCUCCCAAUUUUGAAACGCCAGGAGAAGCAGAAACCAGCCUUUCAAGCAGCACUGAGAUAAUGCAUUACCCAACUUUACUGGAAAAUGGCAGUGGCCAGGAUAUUGUCUCAUCUGACUUAAUUCCUCCCAAUUUUGAGGUAGCAGAAACCAGCCUAGAGAACAAGCCUGAGACAAUGAGUUACUCAACUUUAUCAGGAAAUGACAGUGGCCCGAGUUCAUCAGUCAACCUCCCACCCAAUUUUGGGGUUGAAAAAUUUAUCCUUACACAAAUGCCAAUAAAGGAAGAAACUGAUGUGGAAAACAGCUCUCAGACAGUGUAUUAUCCAGCUUUAUUGGGAAGUAUCACUGGUCUAGGUACUGACUUUUCAUCUCAUUCCACCCCACCUAAUUUUGGUGAGUUUGAAAUGAUAGAUAUUGUGACAAUUGAAAAAGUUAUACUUAUAGAAAUGCCAGGACAAGCAGAAACCACCAUGGAUAACAGCUAUCAGACAGUGGGAAAUGAAACUGUUGUGGGAAAUGAAACUAUUGUGGGAAAAGAAACUGUAGUGGGAAAUGAUAGUGACCCAGAUAUGGGCUCUUCACAUCUCUCCAUUCUACCCAGUGUUGAAAUGUUGGUCAAAGCAGGAACCAGCCAGGAAAAGGACACUCCAGUGAUGAAUCAGCCACCUUUCUUGGAAUAUGACAGUGAUGAAGAUGCUUCAUAUGUCUUCAUCCCUUCCGAUUCUGACUCCAGCACAGAAAUGAAUUCUGAAGCAGAGAAUCAUGGAAGUGUAAUAGAAAUGGACAGUGACCAACAAACUGAUUCAGAACCUUGCUUCCUAACUCCUGGAUUUGAAUUUGCAAUUAAGACUUCUUUUCUUUUUGCACUUGUACCUGUAAAAAUAUUGGUGACAGAAGAAAACAGCAUGGAAAACAGACCUGAAACAAUGAGUCACCCAAUUGUAUUGGAAGGUAACAAUAGCCAAGCUUCUGCCUUAUCAUCUGUCCUCAUGCCUUCCAAUUUUGGAUAUGUUGGUGAUCCAAGAAGAAAUGUGAUAAUGCUUGCUAUUCAUUUGAUGGCUGUACAAAAGAAGGCCAUACCUAGGCAUGCAGCCUGCUACUUGGUUCGUAUUUUGUUCUCCAAGGAAAUCCUGACUUCCAGCUCAGUACGUAUCAGUUCCCAAGGUUGCCAAUCCCUGGAUCCAAACAAAAUUGCUGCAAUAAGAGAACAUCUGGCAGCAGUUUUUCCCAACUAUGAUUUGAGUGAACAUGGAGAAGAGUGGCAAGCCUGUAUUUCCAAUAUCAAUUCUCUGAUCCGCAAUUUAUGUUCAAGAAGAACACUAAAAACUGUUCAAAAGAAUGGAGGGCCUACCAAACGCAAAAGAGAUUCGAAUGAUGAAAGAGAUGGUGAUGACAGUGCAAGUAGUGCCCAGGUUUCUCAGCAAGAAGCUGUCUCAGAAACAAGAGAACAUGGGAAUUCUCCCCAGGACAGCAGAGCUUUCCCUGAAGGAAUUCAAGAACCUUCCACUGAUGGUGCAGCAGUCUCUUCUGAAACACUAGAAUAUCUUGGAGAUCCACGUAGAAAUAUACAGAUGCCAAAAUCACUUCUGAUGACAGCAAAAGAGAAGUCUCGCCCAGAUCUGUCAGCCAGAUACCUCAUUCUCAGCCUGUUCACAGAGGAAGUCCUGAUAAAUAGUGUCCGUGGCAGUCUGGAGUUUGGAGUGUACUCCCUGAACGCCAAUAAGAUUAAUGCUCUUCGAGAGUUUCUCCAGGACAUCUACCCGACUUGUGAUCUAUCAGAAAAUGGAUACGACUGGAAAUUCUGUGUGAUGGCUAUCAAUAGUUGUAUCUAUAGUCUUAAAUGUGACCUGGAGUGGCCCACAGAUGAAACACAGUCACUUCCACCAACAACUCCUUCAUCAGAGUCCAAGCCAAAAGAUACCGACUUAGCUGACUAAAUGUUAGCCAUCCAACCUUUUCUUUUUUGCUAUUGUACCACCCUGUAAGUUUCUCAA